CUCGUAUUCUCGCCGGAUAGCCAGUAUCUGCCAUCAGCAAGCGAAGAUGGUCGGGUCAAGAUCUGGGAACGGGCUCAGGAUGCGCAUACUGUCGCUGUCCUAGAAGGAGACAGAACUGCCUCUACCGGCUGUGCAUGGUCACCCGAUGGAGCUUUGAUUACAGCUGUACACCGGACCGGCCUUGUAGAGCUAUGGGACGCGCACACAUUCCAACGCCUCCUCGUACUGGACAAGCUGAAGGCCACGCUUUGUCUCUUCUACUCAAGCAUCGCCUUCCUCCCCAGCAGCAGAUGGCUUGUCUGGAAUACAUAUUGCGGUUGGGGGGUUUGGGAUGUCCCUUCCGGUACAUUCAAUACGUUGGAAGCGCCGAACCAGGAUUCCCAGCCCUAUAUCCACCAAUAUGAUCCUCGGAGUCCCCGCCUCGCUAUCAGCUACUCUGACCGCGGAUCCAGGAUCUGGAACGUGGAGACGAGAGAGGCACUCGUGCUAGCGGGAGCACACUCGGGUAACGUCUUAGCUAUGGAGUUUUCCGCGGAUGGUAGGCUAGUGCUGUCAGCCUCGCACGACAGAACGGUCAAGGUCUGGGAUGCACAUACUGGCGCCAUGCUUGUAUCCCUCGAGGGGCACGAGUCUGCAGUAGGCGCCGCUUGCUUCUCUCCGUGCGGGAAGUACGCCGCAUCGGCAUCCUAUGACAAAACAGUGAAGCUUUGGGGGAUUAGCGAAGGAUCAUGCUUAGCAACCCUCUCAGGGCACGAUAGCAGGGUGGGGUGUGUCGCGUUCACUCCAGACGGG